AGGAAUUUACAUUUCCCUUGGAAAUUUUAUUUUCUAGGAAAUUUCUAACCAAACACAACAUAUUUUAGCUAUUGCCUAGGAAUUUUCAUUUCCAAGGAAAAUAUCUUCCAACCAAACAAGCACUAAUUCAUUGGAGUAUUUUGCUCCACUCAUAAAUCAUAAUGCUCUUUAUUUACUUAAUUAAUUAUCAACAAAAAAAAAAAAAAAAGCUUUACGGAAUGUCAUAUUGUAAUUUGUACCGUUCUCAUCUAACCUAAAAUUCUCAACCCCUUCCUCCCUCUCCCCAAAUGAAAACAACACAACUUACAUCUUAUCCAAAAAAAAAAAAAUAGAGGACUCAAAUGCAUUGGCCUUAAAUAAGCAAUGGCUCAGAACAAUAACCAGAGCAACUUAUUUGACUAUGGCAGCUGCUUCAUCAUACAUACCUUCAAUAAAACUCCCUACUUUUUCUUCGAACAUCCGAAGCAAAAGAGCUUUGUCAAAGAGGCUCAGCUUCCGAAUUUCAGCUCAACAGCAAACUGAAGUUCAAGAAUCAGAGCAAUUGAAGGCAGAAAAUGGAAAUGAAGAGCAAGAGGGAAUGAAGCAACAGCAGAAAACACCGACGCCAAUUGAACCUCAAGUGAAUGUCAAGAACAGAAACUUGGCAAGAGAAUAUGGAGGGCAGUGGCUCAGCAGUGUGACCAGGCAUGUUAGGAUCUAUGCUGCAUACAUUGACCCUGAAACCUGCGCCAUGGAUCAGACGCAGAUGGAUAAACUCACCCUUAUUCUUGAUCCAACUGAUGAAUUCUUGUGGACUGACGACACCUGCAACAAGGUUUACAACUACUUCCAGGAGCUCGUCGAUCAUUAUGAGGGUGCACCUCUGACAGAAUACACACUUCGCCUCAUUGGAUCAGACAUAGAGCAUUACAUCAGAAAGAUGCUCUAUGACGGUGAGAUUAAAUACAACAUGAAUUCAAGAGUAUUAAACUUCAGCAUGGGGAAACCGCGAAUGAAAUUCAACAGCAAUGAGCUUCCAGAUGUACAGUAAUAUCAAGAAUCAGAUGAUUGAAGCCAGAAACAGAUAGGAUGUUGAAUGUGCACCAGAAGUCAAGAGACUUCAGAAAUUCAGUUCAUUUGAACCCUUAUGCUUAUUGUUAAUAAAGUAGGAAACUUAGAAGCAACAAAAGAAACAGCUUAUGUUUUUGUACUUAAUUACUUAUUGAUACAAGCCAUAUAUAUAUAGUCAUGGUCCUCAUGGAUUAAAAGGUUAUUCCACAAAUUACACUAUUCAUGGUGAUAUUAUUGUUUCAUCGGUAAAGCCAAGUAAAAUUGCUUUUUUUGUGUG